CUACGAAAAAUUUCUCGAAAUAGCAAUCGAUACCGGUGAUGGGAUUCUUGAAGUGGAGGGCGAGAAAAACGAUCUCCUUGACAUUAUACAAGAAGCUAACAUGGACGGAGUCCGUCAUCUCAAAGCAAGUGAUCCAUUGUCAAGAUACAUAUGGUGUUUUAUCAUUAUCGUAUUCGUUUUUCUUGCACUCAUUCAAAUUUACUAUCAAAUAAUGCUUUUCUACUCGGGGCCUGUGGCCACGAACAUUGAAGCCCAAUAUCCUUCUGCUAUUGCGUUUCCGACUGUUGCCCUUUGUAACAAUAAUCAAUUCAGGUAUGAUUCUAUAUUCUUUAAUAUCAACCCCGCUCCCAAAUGGCUAAGUUAUAUAACUGGUGCACGGAUACUCCAAAGACGGGCGCGCCCUAGUAAUGGAACACUAAAGUCCUUGGCGGGAAAGCCACGAAAUGUUUUCGAAGAAAUUAUUGAACGAACCUGGGACAUGGAUGCUGUGCGCUUUCUUCGAAAUGCCGCUCACUGGAAGUCUAGGAUGAUUUUGGGUUGUACGUGGCCGAAUGGAACAAGUUGUCGCUUGAGUGAUUUCAAACCCGUCUGGACGCUCACAGGUCUUUGUUGGGCAAUAAAUACCGAUCCUAUGAAUCCUUUAGAAGUGGUCGGAAGUGGUAAGUUUUGA